UAUUAACGUUUUAAAAGUAUUUUAAAUUAAAUGUAAUGGAUUUAUCCACUGUCAUUUAAAAAAACAAAGGCCACAUUACGAUUAAACGACAUAAAUAGGCCUAAGUGUGACCACAUGCUUGAACUCUGCAGGCUGUGUGUUGAUCUGAAGUGACUUUAAGAGUGCGCUGUGUCUUUAAAUGGCGCGCGCUUGUACUCGGUGGAGGUUUAGUGGAGUCCUCUGAGUCCUCACUAACCGUCACAGCGCACAGCGGCAGCUCGGCUCCGGACACACCACUACUAGUCAGUUUCCUCCGAAAGCGGGGAAAAACUUUCACACAAACUCAAUUAUUUUUUUUACUUUUAUUUUUUAACUUUUCUGGAACAUCUACAGAAACAAUACUGGAGUACUUUCCUGUUUGUGUGUCACGUCUUUUCCGGCUGUUUGUGGACUUAAGGCAGAGCCGGAAGUGAGCAGGUACAAUACACCUGUUCAGGAAAGAAGCACCAGCCCCAAGUAUGAUUUGAAACGGUCUGAACCUGGAGGACGGGGGGAAGUGUUUUUAAUCUCCAUACCUUCACCGAUGGGGAAUCAGGUGGAAAAACUGACUCGUUUAAGUUACGACGAAGUUCCCACAGUCGACCCGAACGGCUACGAGGAUGACGACGGGCCGCGGAUCGGAGUCUCGUAUAUUUUCUCCAACGACGACGACAACGGCGACGACGACGAAGAGGAGCACAGUGCGGAGAAAGGCGACGAAGAAGAGUACGACAGCCUGCGUGAAAUGGAGUGCGCGGUGUAUUACCGCGGUGAGUGUGUGUACGAGAGGAAGGACGCAGACACGGGCGCUCUACAGGCGUGUGACGACCUGCUGAACAGAUGCAAACCCGGCGACUUGGUCGAGUUCGUCGCGGCGGGUCAGUAUCCCCACUGGGCGGUUUGUACAGGAGACUUUCAGGUGGUCCACUUGCAUAGGAGUGAGAUUAAAAUGGACCACCUCUCCGACGCGGGUCAGGGCAGACGCGGACGAAUCGUCAACGACUUGUACAAGUUCCGCGCCUUGCCUCCGGAUGUAGUCGUGAAGAACGCGCUUGAUCAGCUGGGUGUGAAGGACAGCAGCCUUUCCUGGAGGAACCCGGAGUGUUUUGCUGCAUGGUGCAGGUUUGGUAAACGUGAAUUUAAAACCGGUGGAGAGCUGCGCAUUGGCAAGCAGCCUUACAGGAUGAAAUUACAGCUCUCUGAGAAGAGGAGCCACGAGCUGGAGUUUCAGAGUCUGGAGGAUUUGAUCAUGGAGAAGCGCAGGAACGAUCAGAUCGGUAGAGACGCCGUGAUCCAAGAACUGGCGAAUCAUCUCAACUCUAGUGAAGAGCUCAACAGCGAUUGCAGUUGUGAUUGAUUGAUUGAUUGAUUUAGGAAUAUACUUUUCACACAUGGACAACUUUUUACACAGAUGACCAAGCUUUAAAACACCUGCUCACAAUGAAUGCCAUGAUACAAUUAAAGCCCAUGUCUCAUGAUCAUAAUAUCGUACAGGACUCAUACAUGGCAUCUCAUAUUAACGCUUAAGGUCAAUGGAUUUUUGCAUGUGUUUGGGUUGGCUAUUUAGAAGAGAUAGGAGAAGAGCAAUAUGUGUGACUUUUUAUGAAUCAGAUACUUUUAUUUCCAGCGAUAAAGGUACUUUGUUCGAUUAAAGAAAGCAGCGAUGGUUCUCUUCCUUGCCCUCAAAUGAUACACCAAAGUUAACGAGUCCUAAAUAUAUCAACUUGUUUUAUGUGUUGGUCUUCUCUGUGAGCACAGCCACAGUAUGGCACAUUUCAACGGAUCAGUUAAACGUUUGUUUACGUUCAGUACGUUACUACAUGAAUCAUAGUCAUGUUCCACAACAUCAAUAAUUGUAAGUGAUUGAACAUUAACCUUCUCUAUAUAAUACAGUAUGAAUCGUAUUACAAUAACAGCACUGUGUUUCAUUUUCAUGAUUAGUUUUAUUUUGUUUGUUUAUAUAUACCAAACCUUACGUUCAGGUAUAGAGACACUACAUGUAAGCUCUGUGUUGCUCCUCUUGUCAUGGCUAAAAUGAUCUGUGUACCUUCUUUGUUUUUGUUUAUUCUUCUAUUUUUUACCAUGAAAAUAAAUACUAUUUUGAAUA